UUCCUCUUUCACUUUCAAAAUCCCCUGUUUUCUUCUUCCCUCAACCACUUCUUUCAUCCCUUUUCCAAACGAAUCUUAUAAAAAAAUCCCAAAUAUUAAAAAAAUAAGGUAAAACAACUAAAACAAUGGCUUCCACUACUACGCUUUCUGAGUCGGAUCAAUUCCAAUUAAUUCAUAAACUUAACGUUUUUCGCAUCCAUGGCCGUGAUAAAGGUGGCCGUAAACUCCUCACCAUCCUCGCCAAAUUCUUUCCUGCUCGAAUUGUAAGCGUGGAAGUGGUGAAGAAAUACUUAGAGGAGAAGAUAUACCCAAAACUCCUGAAAAAAGGUGAAUUCUCUGUCCUAUACAUUCACACUGGUGUUGAUCGUGGAGAGAAUUUUCCUGGAAUCUCAGCCCUCCGAUCUAUCGUCGACAACAUCCCACCGUCCGUUCAAAGCAGCCUUGAUUCCGUUUAUUUCCUCCACCCUGGCCUUCAAUCUCGCCUCUUCCUCGCCACCGUCGGUCGCCUCUUCUUCUCCUCCGGGUUUUAUGGUAAGGUGAAGUAUGUAAGCAGGGUGGAUUUCCUGUGGGAGCACAUAAGGAGGAAUGCAAUAGAGAUUCCUGAGUAUGUGACUGAUCAUGAUGAAGACUUGGAGCGCCGUCCGAUGAUGGACUACGGAUUAGAGAGCGAUCAUCCUAGGGUGUAUGAUGCGCCAUCUGUUGAUUCUCCGAUGGCUACCUUCUCUAUGCGGUGCAUCUCGUAGCACUGGAUCAUUACCAACCUCCCCUCCCAGCUAAAGGCAGCAACCAAAUUAUGGAUAAUUUUGUGUUGUAGUUGGGGGUUUGAUUUCGAUGUUUUAAAGUUCGUAGUAUGAAGUUCUAAUUUCUUAAAUUUGGUCUUUUUUCAGUCCUUUAGUUUUUGUGGAAAGAAAAGAGAAAAAUAGUUCCAAAAAAAAGGGUUUGUGAAUUAUGAUUUGCAUAUGUAAAUAGAGUUGUGAAAGAUUGUGGAAGAUGAAUGAAUGAAUGAAUGAAUGAAUGAGAUGAUAAUGCAUACUAUUUUAUAGAGGAUCUUUAGUUUUAACUGA